AUGUCGUUUUGUGUACACUCCGCUCCAAACAACUCUCGAAUCAGUUGGAUCCAAAACCGGAGACGCCUCGCUUUGAAAAACUCCCGUUUCGCGUCGGUAGCGAUUCGUGCCAUCACUGGCAACUCAACCAUGGCAAACUCAGUACGAGUCGCGGCCGUUCAGAUGACCUCAGUCAACGAUCUCGCCGCGAACUUCGCCACCUGUUCCCGCCUUGUCAAAGAAGCAGUAUCUGCAGGGGCAAAGUUCAUCUGUUUUCCUGAAAAUUUCUCGUUUGUGGCUACCAAGGAUGGGGAGAGUCUUACGAUUGCUGAGCCUUUGGAUGGCCCAAUCAUGCAAGGAUACCGUUCUCUUGCAAGAGAAUCCAAAAUUUGGUUGUCGCUUGGAGGCUUCCAAGAAAAAGGACAGGAUGAUGCACACCUGUGCAAUACACAUGUUUUAAUUGAUGAUACUGGCAACAUUAGAAGCAAAUAUCGAAAAAUACACUUGUUUGAUGUGGAUGUUCCUGGUGGAGCGGUCUACAAGGAGAGCAGCUUUACAGAAGGAGGGAAGGAAGUCGUUGUGGUAGACAGCCCCAUUGGUCGUUUGGGUGUAACGGUUUGCUAUGAUUUGAGAUUCCCAGAGCUUUAUCAGCAGCUAAGGUUCCAACACGAUGCACAGGUUCUAUUGGUGCCUGCAGCUUUCACAAAAGUAACUGGUCAAGCACACUGGGAACUUCUUCUUCGUGCUCGUGCAAUUGAGACUCAGUGCUAUGUCAUAGCUGCUGCACAAGCUGGAAAGCAUAAUGAUAAAAGAGAAAGUUAUGGAGACUCCUUAAUAAUUGAUCCAUGGGGAACAAUAAUUGGCCGUCUACCUGAUCGACUGUCAACAGGCAUUGCUGUAGCUGACAUUGAUUUCACAUUGAUUGAUUCUGUAAGAGCAAAGAUGCCAAUUUCUCAGCAUCGGAAGCCCCCUGAGUUCUGGAAAUCUGCUUCUCUAUGAUUUUUGGAAGACAUUUCCUUCAUUUGCCCCUCUUACCCAGAUGGUAUGUCGACACUGUUUUGGACACUUCACAUCCUACUUCUAGUGAAGGAUCACACAUUUAUGUAUUUAGAAUUGGACAGAUCAUAUUCCUCUUUGAAGAUAAGUGGGAUAUCCAUGCUCUAUCGUUUCUAUGAUCCUGUUGGAAGACCCAGAAUAAUUAUAUUGAUCCCUGUAUUAUCAGUUGACACUAUUCUUCUGUCCUUCCAAUAUUUUGUACCAGCUUUCCCAGAUCAAAGUGUAAGUACCUCAUUAAAUUGCAUCUCCAAGUAUACUUCCUUUUCUUAAUCAGAUGUAUAAUGCAAUAUGGUGCAGUACCAAA